CUCUGUCCGAGGACAGCGACGAUCCAUGGACGCGACUGGCACGAAAACGCCGCCGCUGCCCGGCGCUCUCGCCUCUCCAGCCCGUACACCAUAGCCUGGCUGCUGCCUGCGUGGCUGCCCGUUCCGAACCCUUCAGCCGCGUGUUCAUUGCGUCUGCCGCAUUCACUUGGGCCGCCCACUGUGCCGCUGCGCCCAGCGCAACCCCCGCGCGUCCUCGUCAUCGCCGCCUGAACCCCUCCUCGAGCCGCAUUCUCGGCCCUUGCUGCUUUGCACCUGCUGAACGGGGGCUCUCCUCGAGCAGCCAGCCAUGAACGGUGUCUCGCGCUUCCUGAGUCGGCGCGACAAGCACCACGAGAAGCGGUCGCUGAAGCACCCGCUCGGCAAAUCACGCCAAGCUCCGCCCUCCGUGCCCCCGGAACUCUACAAAGUUUUCACGAACGACGAGAAACCCGUUGAUAAAGAUGCGGAGAAGAGGAAGACUCUUCUUCAGCGCCUGCAGGCCGCUGGAGUCACCAGCAUGCAGGAAGAGCAAGUCAACUAUGCCUUGUCGUGGUCUCCGGACAACGUCGACGAAGCCUACGACCUACUGAUUCUCGCCAACGAAACACUCGAGGGUGAAUUGAAGGAGUUCGACGCCAACAUUACGAUGCUUGGUGCCAUAAACCGAAACAUGGUGACUUGCUAUCUGGACGCGCUCUUGUUCGCCAUGUUCGCCCGGAUGGACAGUUUCGAGGCCAUGUUAUACGACGAGUUUAACGACGAACCACGGAAGAAACUCGCGGCGAUAUUGCGGCUGUGGGUGAACUUCCUCAGGACAGGCAGACUCAUCAGAGUAGACUUCACCAAGCGCCUCCAGGAUGCCUUGGCACAAUGCGGCUGGGAAGAAGCUGCAGAAGUCCGUCAGCAAGAUGCCUCGGAAGCCUUCACCUUCAUCACUGGAGCCCUUGAAUUGCCCCUGUUGACCCUAAAGAUGGACAUAUAUCACACCGGGCGAGAGGAUAGAGAGGAUGACCACAAGUUCGUCAACGAGCGAUUGCUGGAAGUGGCUAUACCAGAAGAAGAUGAAGCGGACAAAGGCGUGACUCUGGAAGAUUGCCUCGAAAACUACUUCAACAAUCGAAUCGAAGUCAAGCGAUAUCUACAACGCCAGAACACCUUGACUUCUAUUCAGACAGGCAACACGGACAAUGAGAAGAAGGAGACACUGCAUAUCGAAACAGUGGAGCUUUCCGGGCCCGAGACGCCUUUAGUGGCUACGCCCACUACGUUUGGUCCACCUUCUCCCAUCUCGCCUGUCCGGCCACUCACGGGGCGCCGAAGAGGAGACAGCAUAUUUACUGAGCGUUAUACUGUUUCUGGUGCAACGAAAGAUUACAAUCGUUUUGAUGAAAAGAAGCAUCUGGAGGAAAUGUUGAACAAGAGCUCCUCGGGCCGGCCGCGGUCAGCAUCUCUCCUUAGAAAAGAAGUCAUGAUGCCCGCCUGGCAAUUCUUCAGCCUCAUCCCCUGGUACACGGAUAAUGUGCCCAAGACAGAUGCUCAAGUAGCUGCCCACUUUUCUUCCAAGCGUCCUGUUCUUGGUAUCUGCCUGAAACGCUACAUGAUGCUACCCAACGGCACAACAAAACGUCUCAACACAUAUGUCGAUAUACCCUUAGAAAUCGGGUUGCCGCACUUUAUUUCCGACGAGCGCAUGCAAGAAGAAGGCCCGCUUUUUGGGAACUUCAAGCUGGUGCUCCAGUCAGUCGUCUGUCAUCGAGGAGUUUCUGUGGACUCGGGCCACUACAUAUCGCUAGUCCGCGCGAACAAGCCGCCUUCUCAAAAGCGCCCAAACACGUCACACACCGAGCAAGAAGACGAGGAGGAUUCCUGGCUCCGCUUCGACGAUCUCUCGAACCCACGUAUAGCAGACAUCGACAUUCACAAAGCGCUGCGGGAAGAGUCCCCGUAUCUACUCUUCUACCAGGUACAACCUAUAGAUGAAGAACUUGCCAACAGGGGUGAUCCUCCCAGCUACAACGAAGCCCAGUCUGUAACCCUCUCUACGGCGCCUUCAAAAGAGACCCUUAGCUCCGAGACCGAUGCCACUACCGACACUGAAACUGGUGAGUGGGAAAAGGUUAGCUCAGUCGAACAAUCCGCGUCCACUGUCGGUUCUAUCACGGAUUUUGAGGCACAAGGCCGCACCAGUACGUCAAGUAAUCGCCGCAGCAGUAUCGCAAUCGAGGACCUUGACAACAGUAUAUCAAAUACUGCACGGGGUCGACCGCCACCUACACCAGAUGAACAACGAACGGGCUUUCUGUCUGCAUCUCGGCGCAAUUCAAAAGCUUGGCUAUCCGGUAAUAAGAGUCGUCCAUCGAGUGAGAGCGGCGAAAAUCGACUGUCAAUGACCCUGUCUCGACUUACCGGCCGCGGCAGCAAGGACAAACUCGUCGCUUCGGAGAAUGUGUCAGAAGAGCCAGUCAUCGUCGUAAAUGAGGCUCCUCUCAGCGUCGAAAGCACUCAGACAAUCAAACCGCAGGCGCAGCCUCCUGCUAGUCCUGGCAAGCUGCACAAGGAGGCCGGCGUAUCUCGUAGUAAGAGUAAAAAGCAUUUCAGGAGCAAGAGUAGGGAACCGGCGCCGUCCACCACAGAUGGCGUGCAAGUUAAGGGCAAGCACAAGGCCAAGGACCGGCCGGAGCGCGAGUGUGUUAUGAUGUGAUUAUGUUUGCGGGUCUCGGCUGAUGGAUGGCUUGAGCAUUGUUUUCAACGUGUUUGUGCUGCAUUGGAAGCGAUGGCGUUCUGCAUACGUACGGACAGAGCUUGGGACGUUUUUCUCUUCAUGUCUCGCGGUGCGGCUAGGGCAGCGGCGGCGGGCUGAUAGGAAAUGGCAUGCUAGGUAGGAUAGGAUAGGAUAGGAUAGACGAGAUACCCUAUGCUGAGCAG